AUAAAAAAUAUAAAAUAUUGUUACCAAAACACAGAAGCUUAUUAAAAAACAAAAGCAGCAAACACAAAAUAAUAUAAUUCUAUGUUUAAAUAUAAACUUAAAAUAUUAAUUUUAUGUCUAAACAUACAUUUAUAUGUAUAUAUACUUUAUAUUAGAAACUUGUACAUAUAAUAUAUGCAGAGAUCCGUACAUAUAAAAAUAAUGCGCAGACCAAAUUUCUUACUAAAAUUUUCCAUAACUAUAAUAUUUUUUUUUGUAAAAACGAUAACUAUAACACACACACACACAUAUAUAUUUAUUGACGGUUAACUACAAAAAAAUAUUAUGCGUAGAAUUUAACUAUAUACGCAUUAUUUUUAUAUAAAGUUUUAGAAUUAAAUAAUUAUUGAUAAAUAAUAUUUACAAAUUUAAAUUACAAAGUUAACAAAAAUUAACAAAUAUUUCUAAAAUUAGGGAAAAAUAUAAGUCUACGAAUAUGAUAUAGUAUGCAAUAAUAAUAAUUAUAUUUCAAUAAAAUUUAUUGUACAAAAUAUCAAUUAAAACAUUAAUAAAUGAAUUUAACUUAAUACAAUUUUAAUGGAUUUAAGUAGUGAAGAUAAAACUUUAAUUAUUUUGGGCAGUUUUACGUUUUUUGUGUGCUUUAUAUAGUGAUAACUGUAAGUCUUAUAUACUACAUUAUUUAUCAAAAUUUAAUAAUAUGUUUUAAAUAAGAAAAUAAUUUUUGGUUUUUGCUCGUAGCAAAUUGUAAAGAGAAACCAAGAACAAAUGGAUUUUAGUUUUUAGGUAAAAAGAAGUAAAAAGGGUCAAAAAUUAAUUUCCCUAAAAAGUAGGAAAUCUAUUUUACCUAAAUCAUGAUUGGGUAGAAAAUAGAUAUUGGAAAAUCAAAAACCAAAACUACUUUAAAAACUCAAAACAAAACAAUCAACCUCUAAAACACUUGUCGGUUGUUAUACACUAUAUAUACCUACAUACACCUGUGCAAGAAACUAUACAUAAUCAAACUCGUUUUUGUUAUAGUGUAUGACAUUGGGAAAGCCAAGAAUUUUUUUGAGGGGUCACUUAUAUUAUAUGAUAAAGAUGUCGGUAGUGGUAUCGAGCCCGGAUCCAUGGGUUCAUAGAAACUCCUUUCAUCCUAAAGGAUUUUAAUGCAGAGAAUGGAUACAUUUGUUCUCGUUCAUGCUUAUUAAGUUAUUUGGGUUAAUCAUUUAUGUUCGUGUGUGUACAAAGUUUCCUUCUUUUAAGGUUGUAAGAUUUGCUUAUUCCAAAUAUUGUGUUUACUUGGUCAUCUACUUUUCACCAUAACAAUGUAUAUGCUUGUGGUUAGUGUGUAUGUUCAUGUUUAUUGUAAGUGUUUUUUUUCCAUGGUUGUUAUUUGUUCGUGUUCUGAUCUAAUAUGACAAUUGCUUAUUAUUUUCAAGAAAUGAAAUGUAAUUGAGAACGAUUUUUGUUUUCUAGUGAACACUGUUGGUUAUUGUUAUAAUUAACACCAAUACAUAAACAUCCACUUGCAAUCGCAAGAAACAAGCACAAUCAAAAGUCACUGUUAUAUAUGAGCGUGUCUAAAAUCAUACAUGAAAAGCUCAUAAACAUAUUAGAUCAUAAGGUUGAACACUUUGGAGGAAUGGUCUCUUGAGUACACAUCACGGGUCCGUAAUCGUCUGCAUUGUGUAUUGGGCAGACAGUGCGACUAGGGACAAGCGGUACCACUCUUACAUGGCGCAAAAUGGUCCUAGUUGGCUUAAAGUUCAGCUUAUCUGCGAGGCUAAUUCGGCCUAGCCCUCAACUAUCUCUGCGGAAUCAAGGAAUGGGAGACUUGUGUCAUUUGCCUUUCAUAGGCUCUGUUUUUCUCCCACCUUCACUGUUGACACUACUGGUGCCUGUUGGUGUUUUUUUAUAUUCUGGUAUUCUGUUUGGUAGGUUGUGCUGAUCUUAAUGAUUGUACGUUCAAACAACCUUUUAACACUUUGAUUUAAUAUGUGACAAAAGAUAAAACAUAUUAAAUCAUUGGACACAAAGUGGAUUACAGUUUGUCUAGGCCGGAAAUUUCUAAACAACAACAAAUCAUUACCCAUUCUCAAUUCAAUGGUUGUUUCAAAAUUUUAAACAUUAAAGGCAAUAUUUAUAGACACGAGAAAACUGUAUGAGACUUAAUUAACAAGCUUUUAAUAAUUUCUUCAGAAGUUAAUAGCUAAGCAAAAGAAACGGAUUAAAGCAAAGGAUAAAUAAAAAUAUGGCUUCGCCCGGGUUCGAACAGGAGACCUUCAGUGUGUUAGACUGACGUGAUAACCAACUACACCACGAAACCUUGUUGCCAAUUUUCACCCUACGUUUUAAAUAACCGUUUAUAGUAUCAACUUCCGACAUUACUUUUGUCGGCUCACCUUUCAACUUCCGUUGAACUCUCCUCUUCGUCUCGCUCUCUCUCUCGCUCCCGCCCAAAGAGAAAACUUUCGAGAUGGCGACCGGAUUAGAUAUGUCUCUGGACGACAUGAUCGCCAAGAACCGCAAGUCUCGUGGAUCCGGAUCCCAACCGGGUCCGACCCGCCGCAACAACACUAAUCGUAAAUCCAACCGAUCUGCUCCGUACCAAUCAGCCAAGGCGCCGGAGUCCACCUGGGAACACGAAGCUUUCCCUUCCCGGUCAACCCGUUCUUCCGCCGGGAUCGAAACCGGGACGAAGCUCUACAUCUCCAAUUUGGAUUACGGGGUCAUGAACGAUGACAUCAAGGAACUGUUUUCUGAGGUUGGGGAACUUAAACGCUACACAGUACACUUUGACAGGAGUGGAAGAUCAAAGGGAACUGCUGAAGUAGUAUACUCUAGGCGUGGUGAUGCAAUAGCAGCUGUGAAAAAGUACAAUGAUGUUCAGCUGGAUGGGAAACCCAUGAAGAUAGAGAUCGUGGGCUCCAAUCUUCAGACCCACUCUGCUAGACCAGGGAAUGCAACUUUCAAUAGUGGUUCAAGGCGAGGAGGACAAGGGAGAGGUGGUCAACAACAACGUGGUGGUGGUCGUGGCAGGCGUCCUGGCAAGGGUCCAGCAGAGAAGGUAUCUGCUGAAGAUCUUGAUGCGGAUCUUGAUAAGUACCACGCAGCAGAUAUGGAGACCAACUGAGGCUGCUCUUUGUGACAAAAAAAAAAAAAAAAAAAAAACUGAGGCUGCUCUUCUCAAACCGCGAGUGGGAUGAUUGAGAAAGAGAAGAUAGAAAACUUUUUGCCUGCUGAUUAGCCCUCCAUGGCUGUGUGUUGUUGAUUUGUUUUUCUUACAAGUGACCCUUUAGAUUUGCGAAUCUGUGUUUAGACUUUGUUAUUGUUGUCUUAACAAAUAGGCUCAACACGUCGCCGUUUACAUAAUAUGGGCUGUCAAAUUUUAUUUUAUUUUAUUUUUUAACACG